UAAAAUCUAAAAAAAAUGACAAGAAUUAUGAAGGGUUGGAUGAUCCCUCAUUUGCAAAUUGAGAAAUCCACCCAUAUAUAAGAUACGAUCAAAACCAGGGGAGGCAUAUAGUUGAAUUUAUGUGAUCAUAUUAGUGACAGUCACGGUAGUUGAAACUUGAAACCCCAACAACAACGUUAUUACGGAAACAGUAGAAGAAGAAUCAAAGGCAGCGAAUAAGAAAGAAAAGGGAAUGGUUGGAGUGAAAAGAAGGUCAACUUUAUUGGGUUUAGGUUUUCUAAUGUUUAUGGGUAUUGCUGUCUAUUUCAGACUUUGGGCUAUUGACUACAGCAUUUCUUAUGACGACACUGAAAUCUUAAGGCGACAGUUUGAUAUAGCUAAUAGGGAAGCAAUGGAUGAAUCUGCUGAAUGGAGGCUAAAGUAUGAUGAGGAGGUAGAUAGGGUGAAAAAGUGCUUGAAAGAACUUCAAGAGUUUCAGGAGUCGUCUCGGAAAGCAGAGGAUGCUUCUGGUAUUAACAAUAAAUUGACAAUACUAAAAAAGGAGAAUUCGUUCUUACUUGAAAGGGUGGAAACAUUAAGACGACAGCUUGAAGAGGAAAAGCGGAAGUGCAAUUCACAAUACAUGAAUUAAUCACGAAAGCAUUGAUGCGGAGUGGAUUAUUUGUCACUUUGUUCUCAAGUGUUUCAUUUCUAAGCUCAGAUGUUUGAAAGAUUUUUGUGGUAUACCAGUUUUCAACCAUGGAAGAAUUUUGAUUGGAUGAUUCAUGGUCUCAAAUUUUCAUCAUAGAGACUCUGGCAUCCAGGGAAAUACAUGAGUCACCCUUAUCAUCCCCUCUCCCCCAUUAUAUUUUUUAGGUACAUUUUAUUAUAGACAAAUAUGUUGUUUCUUUAUCUCCAGAGAUGUCUAUUAGUUUUCAUUGUUUACCUUUUAAAAAAAAGAACAGGUGUCCUCUGUAUGCAUCGCUUUUAUUGUAAGCUUGUUUCUUUCUAAUACGUCUCUAGUAGUAGAUAUCUAAUUUCUUUAUUAGUCACUAUUAUGAUACCAUUUAAUAAAAUUUGGAGCAUGCAGCAUUUUUAGUAUUUCUAUAUUAUUUGCGGCUGAUUAAAGUCAUACUCGAGAAUCAUGUGAAGUUCCACAUUGUAGGGGUAGGUUAGCAAAUGCCUAUCUAUCUAUCUAUCUAUCUAUCUAUCCAUACUAUACACAAUUGAAUGUUAGUGUUGUUGGAAUUUUCUGUGUCAACCUCUCAACAAAUGGCUUCUUCAGCACACCACUAACUAACUCACUAUUUGUUCUCUUUAAUUCAAAUUCAGAGACACUGCUCAUUCAGUAGUUGCUUCUCUUAACUUCUCUCUCUCUCUGAUUACAUUCUUCUUUCCGUAAUUCAAAUUCUCUGUCUCUUGUUCUGUCCUUCACACCUUCCCCUCCACCACUCAUGCUCAUCUUCUGCUAGGGCUCCUAACUAGUUCAUCUACUUCCUCGUGUGCGCAUGAUUGUACGUGACUGAUAUGAAGACACUCAAGAAGACAAACCUCGCCCGAUUUGAAGAGGAACCCAUGAAGAUCCACACAUCGAAGCGCUAGUUCCUUCUCUGCAUUCUCGUCUUGAACAAUGGUUCAUUUCCAGCCAAAUAGAAGAGUUUGCUCACACAGCAGCUUGUGUCACAGGGGAUGCUCAGGGCUUGCAUUGGCGUUUGUGCACUGUGGUGUUCAUGGAGGCACUGGUGAGAGGCUUCCUUCUUUCUUCUAUUUCCUUUUUUUCUCUUGUAUUCCACCCCUUCUUUUUUCGAUAGAGGGUCCUGCAAGGAGGGAGGCAUAAUCAGUGUGGCCGUGGAUGUGUGCGGAAGAGACAGACCAGAGCUUCAGUAGAUAUGUGUUGGAGCUGCUGUAUGGUGCCUCUUUCCUGAUUUGCGUCUUUUUUGUUUUUUCACUGCUAACUUUUUUCCGUUGUUGAUUUGGUUCUAUGGCUGGUUUACUUUAAUCUGGAUUUAAGAAGGAAAUGCAAAAUUUCACUACUUUGACGUGGACAUGGUAAAGAAAGAAAAAAAUUUGGCUCUCAAGGGGUCCCAUUCUUCUCAGCUUCUCGUUAAGUUGGCUUCUCAGCUUUCAGUACCAAGAUUGGCUUAGGCACCUUGUGCCAAUGAAACUUCAAUGUUCUACAGGUUUUCAUAUAUUUCCAUGAAUGUAUGUAUGUGGACUUAGAUUCAUGUGGAGAUUUCAAGGGAUCAGCAGAUUGAUUUGAAUGUGUAUCCUGGUUUGUGAAUUGCAUCACUGCUUGUAUAUCAACAUCGAAGGCUCUUUAUUUGCUCGUAUCAAUUACUAAAUGGAGAUAAUAACAUGGUCUAAUUAUGUUUUCCCUUGUUGUUGAGAAAGAGGUGGUUUGGUAUUUGGACUCAAACCUUUGAGAAAAACCUUGGAGUAGCUGGAACUUCAGUUUCUUCUGAUCAGUAGGAAUCAGAAUGAAACCAAGGCAAGUUCUACGGUUGACUGUGAAUUGAUACUUGAAAAUUGUCUAAAACUCCAUCGAUGAUCGACAUCCUCCCUUGGAAGUGUUUCAAUUCUUCAGCUUUAAUUGACAUUGUCCCAAACUCCAUAGAUGUCCCAUAUUGUCAAUUAGGUAGUAACAUGUUUUUUGUUAUGUCAUCUAUUUGUAUUCACUUGGUUCAACUUUGUUGUUGACCACUUUUGUCUGACUAUAAACGUGUUAGGAAACUACAGCUGAGAUUACAACACAUUGCUGCUAGACUGUUAUCACUCUGAGUUCAGGGUUGCAUUUUGAUCAUAAUUUUCUGUAUCGUUGUUAAGUGCAAUGCCUUGUUGUCAAGGUUAUCAAAAUCACGAGUUAACUCAUGGAAUUGUAUUAUUCAAAAAGUUCAUAAUAUUGGUUGACUUGGUUGUGGAAA